AGCCCAGAGAUGGAAGCAGAUAAGACCUCAGAAGGCCCUCCGGCCACUGAGGAUGAUGCAAAGAAACACCCUUCUUUAACAGUCCCCAACGCUGAAGACUUGCCUGAGGCCACUACCCCUAAAAGCCCCCCGCACCUUUUGAGCUCACAGGAGUAUUUCAAGCCUCCAGAAGUCCACUCUAAAACACAUCCUUCCCUCGAUCUUGACACCAAGGACUCUGAGGACCUCCAGGAUCCUUCUGUCUCUGAAAUGCCUUUAAAGUUGGAUACUGCCAAUCUUCCUUCCACACCAUCUCAAUCAUCUGCCCAGUCUGUGAUCUCCCUAGAAAGAGCCAUCUCUAAGAUCCCUUUGGAUGAUUUCAUCUAUGAGAAUUCUAUCUCCGACAUCCAAGAAGAACCUCUUCCACUCUCACCAACCACCGAUAUCUCUAAGUAUGAGUAUCCUAUCUCCGACGUCCAAGAAGAACGUCUUCCGCUCUCACCAACCACCAAUAUCUCUAAGUAUGAGGAUUCUAUCUCCGACAUCCAAGAAGAACCUCUUGAGGACACACCAACAGCCGAUAUCUCUGAGACUGAGUAUUCUAUCUCCGACAUCCAAGAAGAACCUCUUGAGCCCCCACCAACAGCCGAUAUCCCUGAGAGUGAGGAUUAUAUCUCCGAUGACCACGAAGAACCUCUUGAGCCCCCACCAACAGCCGAUAUCCCUGAGUCCUCCUAUGAGUUUAUCUCUGAUAAAGUCCCACAGACCCAGGUCCCUGAAUCUGAGCCCUUUCCAAAGCACUCCUUUCCAGAACCUUCCGCCCAAGCCAAGGAGGCCGCAUCUGCAGACGAGGAGGAAGCAGAGGAAGAAGAGCUGACAGGGGGCACUAGUAAGACUGCUGCGGCCGGACCUGAGUAUCAUGCGAGGAAGAAGAAGGAGAAAAGAGGUUGCGAAAGCCGCCCAGUGGUCCCUGCUAAGCGGGCAGAGCUGGUGGAAAUGGCUAAGGCAAUGCACAGAAAGCAGUUUGAUGAUCAGGUGAACAAUCUUUUCCAAUGGGAGAAGAAUUCAUCCCUGAAGGCCAUCCAGACAGGUAUCUACAUUGGCUGGCGCUGCCCACAUUAUUUAUGGGACUGUUUCCGGAUAGGAGAUGAGUCUAAGUGCUUUUGUGGACAUUUGUUGAAAGAACACCAGAUCAUCUCAGAUCUGUCCGUGCCCUGCAGUGUAAGCCAGUGCAGGUGCCUCAUGUUUUGUUUCAUCCCAUCACGCCCGGAGGAGGUGGGUGAGUUCUGGCUCAAGAAACGAGCCACCUUCGACCCCAAGGCCUGGAGGGCCCAAUGUCGCUGUAAACACACUCAUGAAGAGCACGCAGCCACUGGAUCUCAUCCCUGCAGGCACCGUGGCUGUUACUGCAACUCCUUUGAGUCUAAUUUCCUCUGUGCGGCUUGCGACCGGCGCUGGGAGGAGCAUGAAACUUUCUUUGAAACUGAGGAGACCAAGCGAAGAGGAAAAAGACCUUAUGGGACAAACACUGCCAAGAACCGGCACAGGCCCUUCUGA